GAAGUCACUUUGAACAUAAAACCCUAGCUCUCUCUCUCUCUCUCUCUCUCUCUCUCUGUUUUGAACACUACCUUUACUCUCACUCCCUCUCUCUGUCUCUGUUUCAGUCUCUCUCUUCCCCUCUUGUCCGCGUGAACAUCUACAUUGGCAACAAUGUCAUCCAUGCUGCAACCCCAGAUCAUACUGUUGAAGGAGGGAACGGACACGUCGCAAGGGAAGGCGCAGCUGGUGAGCAAUAUAAACGCUUGCACAGCGGUGGCCGAUGUGGUGAGGACCACGCUGGGGCCUAGGGGCAUGGACAAGCUCAUCCACGACGACAAGGGCAGCGUUACUAUUUCCAACGAUGGCGCCACCAUCAUGAAGUUGCUUGAUAUAGUUCACCCUGCCGCCAAGAUCCUUGUCGACAUCGCCAAGUCGCAGGACUCUGAGGUUGGUGAUGGAACAACAACAGUUGUUCUGCUUGCAGGGGAGUUUUUGAAGGAGGCCAAGCCAUUCAUAGAGGAUGGGGUGCACCCACAAAAUUUGAUAAGAAGUUAUCGAACCGCUAGCUAUUUGGCAAUUGAGAAAAUCAAAGAACUUGCUGUAAGCAUAGAGGGGAAAAGCCUUGAAGAGAAGAAAACACUGCUAGCUAAAUGUGCCGCUACUACGCUUUCUUCAAAACUUAUUGGUGGAGAAAAGGAGUUUUUUGCAUCCAUUGUCGUGGAUGCUGUCAUCGCAAUUGGUGAUGAAGAUCGUCUCAACAUGAUUGGAAUAAAGAAGGUUUCUGGUGGCAACAUGCGUGACUCCUUUUUAGUAAAUGGUGUUGCCUUCAAGAAGACAUUUUCAUAUGCUGGUUUUGAACAGCAACCAAAGAAGUUUCUUAAUCCCAAAAUACUUCUACUAAACAUUGAAUUGGAACUGAAAUCUGAGAAAGAAAAUGCUGAGAUAAGAUUGUCAGAUCCAUCCCAGUAUCAGUCCAUUGUUGAUGCAGAAUGGAAUAUUAUUUAUGACAAGUUGGAUAAGUGUGUGCAGAGUGGGGCCAAGGUAGUUCUUUCACGGCUGGCUAUAGGUGAUCUAGCAACACAGUAUUUUGCAGAUAGAGAUAUAUUCUGUGCUGGGCGUGUAACUGAAGAAGAUCUCCAACGGGUAGCUGCUGCCACUGGUGGCACUGUGCAGACAUCCAUCAACAAUGUUAUUGAUGAGGUCCUUGGAACAUGCGAGUGUUUUGAGGAAAAGCAAGUUGGAAAUGAGAGGUUUAAUAUAUUUAGUGGAUGUCCGUCGGGUAGGACAGCUACAAUUGUUCUUCGUGGUGGAGCUGAUCAGUUCAUUGAGGAAGCUGAGCGGAGUUUACAUGAUGCUAUCAUGAUUGUUAGAAGAGCGCUAAAAAAUUCGACUGUAGUUGCUGGUGGUGGUGCUAUAGAUAUGGAGAUCAGCCGGUACUUGUGGCAGAAAGCACGCAAAAUUACGGGAAAGUCUCAGCUUUUCAUUAACUCGUAUGCAAAAGCUCUUGAGGUUAUCCCACGACAACUCUGUGACAAUGCGGGAUUUGAUGCGACUGAUGUGUUAAACAAACUUAGACAGAAACAUGCGCUUCCAUCUGGUGAGGGUGCACUUUAUGGAGUGGACAUCAACACAGGUGGAAUUGCUGAUUCAUUUGCUAACUUUGUCUGGGAGCCAGCUGUUGUGAAGAUCAAUGCUAUAAAUGCUGCUACAGAGGCUGCUUGCCUUGUUUUAAGUGUUGAUGAGACAGUUAAAAACCCUAAGUCCGAGAGUGCGCAGGGAGAAGCUGCUGCGAGUGCCAUGGGAGGUAGAGGGCGUGGAGGUGGUCUUCGUGGUCGUGGGCGCGGGAUGCGAAGGCGAUAGUUGUGAGAGUUUUCUCAAAGGUGGUUAAAGCAUACAGUUUUGUCAUUCUGGUUUAUGGUGUGCUUACAAAUUGUACUUCCAUUUGAAUGGACUGAUGAACGUGGCUGUAUCAACUUGCAUACCUGAAUGAUUCGCUUCUCAAAUGGCUGAGAACUGUUUGUGGAUUCUGAGAAUGAUAGUCUUAUGUUAGUUGGAUUUGCAAAGUAGUAACUUGUGGGUAGCUGCAACGUACCAAGAGUUGUGAUAUAUUUGACUAGUGUUUUUGUUCUGGCAUUGAACUAAGACAAAUUUUGGGACCUCUAGGUCCAUUUUCCCUCUCCUCUACCCCGUGUUCUCUUAAUACACGAUGAAAUUUGUAUU